AUGGUCACCAUUCCCCCGCUGCCGCACGGCGCUUGGCCUGACCUGGCUCCGGAGUUCGUGGCGCCCGAGCGGCACCGAGGCGAUUUGGGCGCCCAACGCCCGCGUGCGCGGCGGAGUAGCGGAGCCAGUAAGAAAGCCGCGUCCAAGAAGCCAACGAAGGUCCCGCCUGAGGCUUUCACGGCACUCUUCCAUGCGCGCUGCUGCCACUUGGAGCCAGGCCCAACCGAAGAGCCCUUCGGUGCUUCGACGGUGUCCAAUCCGGAUCCCCAGAACUGCUGGUCGGUCUGUUUGGGCUCCUUUCGGUGGAGCUUUUGCCGCUGGGCAGUUCAUUCGAACGACCACUUCACGGUCUAG